AUGGGACCAGUGUCUCCAGCGGCAGACACGGCUCAUGUGUGGCGAGUUGGGAUCAAAGUCUCUAAAACCAUGAUUGAUUUGGUGUUGUGGCUCGCCGUGUCCUCGCUGGCUUUGGUCCAGUCCGGCGCGGUGCAGAACUGUCACUCGGGCUGCCGCUGUGAGGUUGAGAGCUUUGGUCUGUUCGACAGCUUCAGCCUCACCAGAGUGGACUGCAGUGGUCUCAACCGCGGUUACACCAUGCCCAUCCCCAUCCCCCUGGACACGGCACACCUGGACCUGUCCUACAUCUCCAUAAUGGGCCCACUCACAGACACCAUGCUGGCCGGGCCAGGCUACACAACGCUGGUUAGUUUGGACCUCAGCAAUAACCACGUAACAACAGUAAGCCCUAAUGCUUUGUCCAGGCUGCGUUAUCUCGAGUCUUUGGAUCUGAGCCACAACAGUCUGGCAGCACUAGCUUCCGAUCUCUUCUUCGGCCUCCCAUUAUCCGAGGUGGACCUAAGCUACAACAACUUUGAGGAUUUUGACAUGAAUGUGUUUGCAACCAAAGUGAGCGGUGAACCCGUAACUGUGGAUUUGUCCAAUAAUAAACUCACAAAGAUGUCAACAGCCUCGCAUGGAAAACCUUUGCACAUUCAGAGUUUGAACUUGACUGCCAAUCGAUUCACGAGUGUUCCAAAGCUGUCCGGCCUCUCGCUGUCGUACCUAAAUAUUGACGCAAACCCCAUCAAAAGCAUCAAAGAAGGAGGGCUUUCAAAGUUGGAAGAUUUAGUUUAUCUGUCAAUCAGCAGCAGCAAAGAACUUAAAGACAUCGACCCGUUUUCAUUCAAAGACUUGCAAAAUCUUCAAGUUCUGGAUCUUUCUAACAACCAAAACCUUAAAAACUUGGAUCCCAGAGUGUUCGCUGGACUAGUCUCGCUGCAAGAGCUCAAUUUGUCCAACUCCGGAGUGGUGUCGCUGCCAAAUGCAAUGCUCGCCCACCUGCCCAGUAUAAAAAGUAUCAAGCUGGGACAGAAUAUUCGCUGCUGGAAGACAAAGAAGCCGGGGCAGUUUCACUUGCACCUGGGGCAGCAACAGCCCACAGAGGUGCUCAACUGUAACGCAGAGGGCAUCGGGUUGUAA